GGAAAAUUGAAAACCACCCAAAGCCAAAGCCAAAGUCAAAGGAAUGGAAAAUCAAAACCCCAGUAACGCACUACACCACACCAGUCACCAGAGUCCAUUGAUCCUGUCAUCCUGACACCUUCUUAAACGUCGUCGACCAAUGGCUGGUCGCACGAAACGCUUUCACAUUCGCACAUAUACGGUUUCUGUUCUGUGAAAAAAUUCCUUUAAUAGAAGUCCCUGAAGAGCUAAUUUCUUCCCACCCACAAUUCCAUGGAGCGAAGGCUGCUCAGCUCUUCAUCCUUUCUCCUCUCUAACCCUUUCGUCUUCUUCUUCUUGUUUUUGUUUCAUUCUUUUCAUCUCUUACAGGCCCAACAGACUUACGUCAACAACAAACAGCUUGCCUGUUACAAUUACAACAACGAUUCUUCAGUUAAUGGGUUUCUCUGCAAUGGUCCUUCGAAAUCUUGCAGCUCCUACCUCACCUUCCGAUCACUCUAUCCUUACAAUACCCCCAUCGCCAUCGGCUACCUCUUGAAUGCAGAUCCAUCGGCGAUUGCCUCUAUCAACAAAGUAACAGAAGUCACCAACAUCCCCACCGACACCCUCGUCCUGAUUCCUGUGAAUUGUCCUUGUUCAGGUAAGUUCUACCAGCACAACGCUUCCUACGAACUGAAACAGAAGCUCGAAACUUAUUUUACUGUUGCAAACAACACCUACCAGGCUCUUACCACUUGUCAAGCCCUUAUGAAUCAAAACCCUUAUGAUAGUAGAAAUCUCUCGGUCGGAUUGAAACUGGAAGUCCCACUCAGAUGUGCUUGCCCUAGCCGAAACCAGACUGCCAAUGGUGUCAAGUUCUUGCUCACUUAUCUAAUUGCUGAGGGUGAUAGUGUUGCUGAGAUUGGUGAGAUGUUCGGUGUGGACGAGCAGAGCAUAAACGUUGCAAAUGAGUUGACAUCGGGCCAGACCAUCUACUUCUUUACACCAAUCUUGGUUCCGCUUAAGACCAAGCCCACAAUCAUCAAAUCAACUUCCCCACCGCCAUCGCCAUCGCAGUCCCCUGAAUCACCUCCCGUCGUUCCUGGAAGUAACUCUUCGAACAAGAAAUGGGUCUUUGUCGGCAUUGGAAUUGCAGCUGGUUUAGUUCUUUUGGCCCUCUCCGGUUGUCUGGUUUGGUUCCUGCGUCGCCGCCGGACUCGGCAAGCUAAGCCAAUUCCAGAGGAUAAGAAGCUUGGUGGAUCUGCUUAUUACUCUGCCGUACCUGAAUUUAGAUCUGGGUCCGUCUUUUCCCUAGGGGCUCGUAAUGUAACCGAUUCAUUGACCUUGUACAACUUCGAAGAAUUGCAAAAAGCUACGGAAUUCUUCAGUGAAGGUCAUAGGAUCAAGGGAUCUGUUUAUCGCGGCAAGAUUAAUGGCGAUGACGCUGCUAUAAAGAGUAUGAAAGGGGAUGUCUCAAACGAGAUUAAUAUUCUAAAACAAAUCAACCAUUCCAAUGUGAUCAGACUAUCUGGGUUCUGUGUACACCAGGGGAGCACCUAUCUCGUUUAUGAAUUUGCAGAGAAGGGUUCCCUAAGCGAUUGGCUUCACGAGAAGGAGUAUCAGAGUUCUUGCCCUCUUGGGUGGACGCAGAGAGUUCAAAUUGCUUACGAUAUGGCAGAUGGGCUUAAUUACCUUCAUAACUACACGAAUCCUCCCUACAUUCACAAGGACUUGAAGAGCAGUAACAUUCUUUUGGACGCGAAUUUCAGAGCCAAGAUUACAAAUUUCGGAUUGGCGAGAACCUUGGAGGAGGAGAAUCAAGAAGAAGGCUUCCAGUUGACAAGGCACGUAGUGGGUACACAGGGUUAUCUGGCUCCUGAAUACAUAGAGAAUGGCGUUGUUACUCCUAAACUGGAUAUUUUUGCAUUUGGAGUUGUGAUGUUGGAGCUCUUGUCUGGAAGAGAAGCUGCCACUGCUGCUGAUGAUGAUGAAAAGAAAGCAGAGAGCUCAUUGUCUUCAACUAUACAGCUGGUCUUAGAAGGAGAGAAUGUGAGAGAGAAGCUAAGGGGAUUCAUGGAUCCUUCUUUGAGGAAUGAGUACCCUCUGGAUUUGGCCUUCUCCAUGGCUCAACUUGCAAUGAAUUGUGUGGCUUACGAUCUGAAUUCUCGUCCAGCCAUCGCAGAUGUCUUUUUGUCUCUGUCCAAGAUUCUGUCAUCUUCCUUGGAUUGGGAUCCUUCAGAUAACAACCUUCAGAACUCUGGGUCUUUUAGCCAUGGUAGAUAGAUAAGGAAGCUCUAUCUUUACAGCCAAAUGAGAGGUGUGUAUAUAUAUAUAUAUAGGGUUUCAGUUCUGUAAUAGUUAUGUAUUUGAAGCUUGUGGGAUGUCCAGGAGUGCUUGAAAUCUUCCAAGUUUCUCACUCCAUACAUUUUUAAAUAUCUGAAUCUGUAGAAUGUUCUAAAUAAAGAGACAAUAGGUACCAGUCUGCUCUAUCAGAA